AUGGAUAUUGUCAAAUACGACAUCAGCAGACGACAUCAGCAGACGACAUCAGCAGACGACAUCAACAGACGACAUCAGCAGACGACAUCAACAGACGACAUCAGCAGACGCCAUAAACAAACGACAUCAACAGACGACAUCAACAGACGCCAUAAACAAACGACAUCAACAGACGACAUCAGCAGACGACAUCAGCAGACGACAUCAACAGACGACAUCAGCAGACGACAUCAGCAGACGACAUCAACAGACGACAUCAGCAGACGACAUCAACAGACGACAUCAGCAGACGACAUCAACAGACGACAUAAACAAACGACAUCAACAGACGACAUCAGCAAACGACAUCAGCAGACGACAUCAACAGACGACAUCAGCAGACGACAUCAGCAGACGACAUCAGCAGACGCCAUAAACAAACGACAUCAACAGACGACAUCAGCAGACGACAUCAACAGACGACAUCAACAGACGACAUCAACAGACGACAUCAACAGACGACAUCAACAGACAACAUCAGCAGACGACAUCAACAGACGACAUCAACAGACGACAUCAGCAGACGACAUCAACAGACGACAUCAGCAGACGACAUCAGCAGACGACAUCAACAGACGACAUCAACAGACGACAUCAGCAGACGACAUCAACAGACGACAUCAGCAGACGCCAUCAACAGACGACAUCAACAGACGACAUCAGCAGACGACAUCAACAGACGACAUCAACAGACGACAUAGACAGACGACAUCAGCAGACGACAUCAGCAGACGACAUCAACAGACGACAUCAGCAGACGCCAUCAGCAGACGACAUCAGCAGACGACAUCAACAGACGACAUCAACAGACGACAUCAGCAGACGACAUCAACAGACGACAUCAGCAGACGACAUCAGCAGACGACAUCAACAGACGACAUCAACAGACGACAUCAGCAGACGACAUCAGCAGACGACAUCAACAGACGACAUCAACAGACGACAUCAGCAGACGACAUCAGCAGACGACAGACCGUCUGCCCGGUGGAUGCCAGAGAGGAACAUUCUCUGUCGGCACUUCGACAGACCUGGGACCGACUCUGUUGA